UCCUCAUCAUUCCUCCGAGCCAGUCCCAACCCCCUCCCGGGUUCCCUUUCUUAAGUACAUUAUCUCAGUGGCGCAGCCACUGUCACUAAUUGUCCUGGCCUUGGCCAGAGGUGGGUCCGACUUGGAGCUGGUGGUCACAGGGACCACUGCUGCAGCCCCCUCCCCUGCUACCAAAAACACCACACAAACCUAGUACGUAUAGGUGUCAGGUCUGGGUCUUGAAUCGUCUCAUUUGAGUGCAUUGGCUAAACGUGGCGGCUGAGGCUGAACGCAGGCCUGGAGCUGGUGAGGACUGGACAUGGAGCUGCGGUGUCCCUGACCUGGGCUGUGCCCGCUGCACCCAGGGUGCUGGGGGGAGGAGGGCAGCGGCAGGAGGGCUUGGUGGGGCUGUCUCCACUAAGGUGUUAUGAGAGAAACUUGGCCGCUGCCAUAAGAAGUUACCAAAUCCCUUUUCCCACAAAAGCUGAAAGGGCUAAUGAGCUCUGGGCUGUAUAAUCACAUACAGUUACGAUAUGCAUUUAUAUUUCACUAAGUUUCAGUUGGAUCAGACUCUGUAUUUAAUACGUGGUCAGGGACCUGAAGAGUUUAUGAUCAAAUCAUGAUUCCCAGGAAGCUGGGAAACCACACAGUCCAUCAUCAGUGUUGGAGAGUUCCUCAUGGGUUAAUUCACAAAAUCCUGAAGACAGCUGCCGAUUCCGUUAUGAUCAGAGGUCUCACCAGCCGGAGCCCCGAGAGCGGGUGUCCAAGUGGUUCUGUGCCUGGGGGUGCUGGCUGGUUUUCGGGCCCAGAGGCAGGACGGUGGGACGGCCCGGCGCAGGGGCAGAUCUCCUUCGGUAACGUGCGUGAGGGGUGGGAUGCCGGUCCCCCGGCGCCGUGAGGGGAAAGAAGCGCUUCCAGCCUCUCCGACUGCCGCUUCCAGGCGCCGUCCGGGGGGCGAGGCCCGGAGCGGUUACAGCUCUGGGCCGGCCCCGACCCGCCGGCGGGGAACGGCGGGGCGCGACGGCCGAGCGCGCCCGAGUCCCGCCGCGCUCGGCACUUCCGUCUCUCUCCGGUGUGCCAGCGGACCGCUUCGGCUGUUUCCGUGCUCUUCGGCGCCAGGUCGGGAGUUUCCGUGCUGCGGGCUCUCCUGGUUGUCAGGGGUAACGCAAAGCAUCUGGGAGCGAGUGCGGCCUUCCGUGCCGGGCCCGCGCUCCGGGGCCGCCGGCCGGUUUGCAGUCAGUAACAGCUUCUGUUGAUAUGGCUGUGUAUGUGGAUCAUCGAACAGAAGCUCCCGAUUCAGUUGCCUCCCCUUCUCAUAUAGCAUGGCACCCACUUCAUCCACUCCUGGCAGUUGCUUCCAUCAGCACAGCAUCUGGGGGCUGUGUGGAUAUCUACCUGGAACAGGGAGAACAUGUGUCCGAUGCGCAUGUUGAGAGAAGCUUUCAGGUCACAUCACUUUCCUGGCAUCCUUCCAGACCAAUUCUUGCAGCAGGCUGGGAGACGGGAGAAGUUGUGAUGCUUAACAAACAAGACAAGGAGCACCACACUGUACCACCAAAUCAUAAUGCCAAAAUUACAGUCCUAAACUGGAGUACAAAUGGUACCCACCUCGUGUCUGGUGAUAGAUACGGUGUCUUGGUUCUAUGGAGAAUGGACCAACGAGGCAGAGUGCAGGGACCUGCCCUGCUGAAGCAAGAGUAUGGAAAAUGUCUGUCUCACUGUGUCUUUCGACCACCUCCUCCUGGAGAGGACUUUGUACAGCUGGCAAAAGCAGCUGUGAGUGGUGAUGAGAAGGCCUUGGAUAUGUUUAACUGGAAAAAAGCUGGAACGGGAGCACCUCUGAAAUUGGGACUCCAGGAAGGACUCUCCUUCUUUAUCACUUUGAUAGAUGGUUCUGUGCAUUACGUGAAUGAGAAAGGAAAGACAAGGCAUGCAUUUUCCACAGACAGUCUGGUCCAAAAGCUUCUGUUCAUGGAGAAAAGAGAUGUUUUAGUUGUAGUAACAGAGAAGCUGCAGUUGUCCUUGCAUGCAAUUACUCUUGAGGGAGAGGCAGAAGAACUUGUGAAGGUGAAGUUGAGUGGGAAGAUAAAUCAUUCUGCAGACAUCAUUUUAAUAGACAAUAGCCUUGUUACAGCACUAGGUGAGACAGUCAUCAGGUUCUGGGAUUUGGACCGAGAUGAGAACUAUGUGCUCUCCCUAGAUGUGCAAUUUGGCUUUGAGGGAGGAGAAUGCAUUAACUGUGUUUCUUACUGCAGUGCUAAAGGUCUCUUAGCAGCUGGUACUAACAAAGGGAGAAUAGCUAUGUGGAGGAAAGCAGCAGGAUCCGAUCAGAGUGUACGGGCUUUGGAGGGCAAGGAGAAGUGGAAGCUCCAGGCACCUACAGAACUUGAAGGAAAUGUCACUCAGAUAAAGUGGGGCUCCCGAAAAAACCUGCUGGCAGUGAACAAUAUCAGUUCUGUGGUGAUCCUCAGUGAGCGGGCCAUGUCUUCUCAUUUUCAUCAGCAAGUAGCUGUUGUACAGGUGUCUCCCAACCUGUUUGAUGUGACCAUUUUCUGCACAGGAACCACACACAGUCUUCAUGUUGAUAUGAACGUUAACGGAGUCUUCGUUACCAAGGAUGCUGUAGUAUUCUGGAAUGGGAAGCAAGUUACUGUCUUUGAGUGCUCAGGAGAUACCUUCAGAAGUGCAGGCUCUUUUCUUUGUGACUCCCCAGUUCUGUCCAUGCAUGGAGAAAAUCUGUACACAGUUGAGCCGUAUAGGGUCCAGGUCCGCACCUGGCAGGGCACAGUGAAACAGCUGCUGGUGUUCUCUGAAGCAGAGGGGAAUCCGUGCCUCUUGGAUGUCUGCGGAAAUUUCCUGGCUGUGGGAACUGAUUUGUCUCACUUUAAAAUUUUUGAUCUGUCUCGCAGAGAGGCAAAAGUGCACUGCAAUAGCAAGAAUUUCUCUGAGCUGUUUCCUGGCCUUGGAAGCAUUGCAUCUGUCAAGUGCAAUGCUAAUGGCAAUAAAGUCAGCAUCCUUGUUAGCAAGGUGGACGGAAACAUUGAUUCCAAGAUCUGUUUCUAUGAUGUAGAAAUGGACAAAGUUACACUCUUUGAUUUCAAGGCUGAACAGGGAAAUAGUAGAGAGAAGCUUUCUUCUAGACAAGGCAUUGGCAAUAGGUCUGUUGUGGAGUAUCCAGAGUUGCACAGUCACAUCCCUGCUUGCCAUUUCUGGGACCAGAGUGAACCAAGACUUUUUGUAUGUGAAGCAAUUCCUGAAACAGACAGAAAAUCCCCAGACCAGAAGGAAAACCAGACUGAGAGCACAAUGGGUGUUUGGAUUAUAUCAUUCUUCACUACUGAAGAGCAUGGCCUUUUGCUUCAGGACAGCUUUCCAUUACCUUCAUCCUACCAGGUUCUUCUGGGCAUAGAGGUACCACAUUAUUACUUUGCAAAAAAGCUGGGAGAAGCUGAGAAAGGACAAGCAGAGUCUAGCUCAAUAAAGGUCUCUCAGAUGGUUGCGAGAAGACCCAUGAAAGAUUUCAUUGGAUUAGGAGACUGCGAUAAGACUACUCGGGAUGCCGUGCUGAACUUCAGCUUCUAUCUGACUGCUGGAGAUAUGGAUGAGGCCUUCAAAUCCAUCAAGCUGAUAAAAAGUGAGGCUGUCUGGGAGAGCAUGGCUCGCAUGUGUGUGAAGACUCAGAGGCUCGAUGUUGCCAAAGUUUGCCUUGGAAACAUGGGUCACGCAAGAGGAGCCAAGGCGUUGAGGGAGGCUGAGCAAGAACCAGAGCAGGAGGCCAGAGUGGCUGUGCUGGCCAUUCAGCUGGGCAUGCUGGAGGAUGCGGAGCGACUCUACAAGGCCUGCAAACGCUAUGACCUCCUGAACGAGUUCUACCAAGCCUCAAACCAGUGGCAGAAAGCGAUUGAAACAGCUGAAGCUCAUGAUCGGGUUCACCUGCGCACCACCUACUACAACUAUGCUAAGCACCUGGAGGCAACUGGAGAGCAGAGUCUUGCACUCACCCACUAUGAGAAGUCAGACACGCACAGGUUCGAGGUACCCCGAAUGCUCUCUGAAGACUUACAAGCCCUGGAGAACUACAUCAACAAGAUGAAAGACAAGAGCCUGUGGAAAUGGUGGGCACAGUAUCUGGAAAGCCAGUCAGAUAUGGAAUCUGCACUAAAAUACUAUGCGCUGGCUCAGGAUUAUUUUUCCCUAGUCCGUGUCCACUGCUUUCAGGGCAACAUUCAGAAGGCUGCUGAAAUAGCAAAUGAAACGGGGAAUUGGGCAGCAUCCUACCACUUGGCUCGCCAGUAUGAGAGUCAGGAUGAAAUCAAGCAGGCUGUGCAUUUCUACACCAGGGCCCAGGCAUUUAACAACGCUAUCCGCUUGUGUAAGGAGAACAAUUUAGAUGAUCAGCUGAUGAACUUGGCUCUUCUGAGCUCUCCAGAAGACAUGAUAGAGGCAGCUUGCUAUUAUGAGGAAAAGGGGGAGCAAAUGGACAGAGCUGUCAUGUUAUACCACAAGGCAGGACAUUUCUCCAAAGCACUGGAACUAGCCUUUGCCACGCAGCAGUUUGGGGCCCUGCAGCUCAUUGCUGAAGACCUGGAUGACAAAUCAGACCCAGCUCUGCUAGCCCGCUGUUCUGAUUUUUUUAUUGAGCAUGCUCAAUAUGAGAAGGCAAUGGAGUUGCUGCUAACAGCCAAAAAGUACCAUGAAGCUCUGCAACUUUGCCUGAAGCAGAACCUGACCAUCACAGAGGAGAUGGCUGAGAAGAUGACGGUCUCUAAAGACUCCAAGGACCUCUCGGAGGAGUCCCGGAGAGAGCUGUUGGAGCAGAUUGCCGAUUGCUGCAUGAGACAAGGCAAUUACCACAUGGCAACCAAGAAAUACACACAAGCAGGAAACAAAUUAAAGGCUAUGAGAGCACUGCUGAAAUCUGGAGAUACUGAGAAAAUUGUCUUUUUUGCGGGAGUUUCCAGACAGAGGGAGAUUUAUAUCAUGGCAGCCAACUAUCUACAGUCGCUGGAUUGGCGGAAGGACCCCGAGAUUAUGAAGAACAUCAUCAGCUUCUAUACCAAAGGAAGGGCCCUUGACCUGUUGGCAGGUUUCUAUGAUGCAUGUGCUCAGGUAGAAAUUGAUGAGUAUCAGAACUAUGAGAAGGCACAAGGAGCACUGACAGAAGCAUAUAAGUGCCUUUCAAAAGCAAAGGCUAAAAGCCCUCUGGAACAGGAAAGCAAGCUAACACAUUUGCAAAGCAAGAUGACCCUGAUUAAGCGAUUCGUCCAUGCCCAGAGAGUUUACUCUGAAGAUCCCAAAGAAGCGGUCAGACAGUGUGAACUUCUCCUAGCCGAGCACGAUUUUGACAGUGCCAUCCGUCACGGCGAUGUCUUGGGAUUUCUGGUUGAACAUUAUGUACGAGUGGAGGAAUUCCAUACAGCUUACCGCUAUCUGGAAGAGAUGCAGAAAAGAAUUCCACCCGUGAACCUGAGCUACUACGUGACUCAGAAGACCAUUGAGGCAGUGCACCGAGGAGUAGGCGUUCCUGUGAGCCGAACCCUGGCUGCAGAGCAGAUCUGCCACAGCAACAUGGAGAACAAAUUGGUGGACGAAGUGGCUGAUGAAGUGGAGGACCCUUGACAACUUGCACUUACCAAACGUGAAGUUGACUUUAAUACGAGGUCAUUUAUUCUGUCCUCGUGAGGGGCCAUAUAUCAGUGAACACAUUGCCGUGACAAGGCUUUUUGGUUACCACCAAUAAAUUUAUUCCUACUGUUUGACUGUAACAAGCAACAGUAUUUAAAUGAAUAUGUUAUCUCAAACACUACACAAAGAUUCACAUGUAUAUCCUGUAACGAAGCCGGUUUUAGUACUUUAAUAAAUUGGAGGGGGGAAAAACCCAACAAGAACUGCA